AUGGAGCAUGGUCGAUGUCCGUUUAUCAAUGGAAAAUUUCGUUAUUUAUCGAAACAAAUCUUUUAUUUACAGUUAGAUAAACUACUGUCAUGUCAAAAACUGCUCUCGGAGGAAGAUGGAAAUAUCGUCAAUGAUGAACAUCUCUUUAUCACUACUCAUCAGGUCUAUGAACUUUGGUUCAAACAAAUCAAUUUUGAAAUGGAUAAUAUCAUGGCAUAUUUAAACAAUAAAAUUGUUGAUGAAACAAAAACAUUAAGAAUCGUUAGUGGUCUUGAAAGAAUUGUUCGUAUACUGAAACUUCUUACUGAUCAAAUGCUCAUUCUUGAGACGAUGUCACCGCUGGAUUUCGUUGAAUUUAGAAAAUAUCUCAAGUCAUCGUCGGGCUUCCAAAGUUUUCAAUUCCGUAUUCUUGAGAAUAAACUCGGUAUUAUAUCAGAAGGACGUAUCAACUAUAACUCUCAACACUAUGCGGCCGUUUUCAAGAAUGAGCACGAACGAGCGAUGGUUCAACGCUCUGAAGAUGCA